AUUGGACGCUGGCCUGUCCUGUCUCCAAACGCUCUCUCAGCCCUUCACAUCCCAGGGCCCGGCACUCUCUCUGCUGGGCUACGGGAAUGGGCCCUGGGCCUGAGGGUCCAGGGGGCCAAAGGGACACAGGGACUCCUUCUGAACUGGGGGGGAGGGCAGGGGUUGCCUUGAGUGACCGUACUGAUCCGAACGCUUCAGCGAGGCCGGUCGGAGGAGCGCGCGCCCUGCCGGGAUCCCCCCGCGAGCCCGGUGCCCCGGGUGCGGAGCGCGGUGCCGGUGCCCCAAGGACUCGGUCCCGCUGGGUCCCGCUGUGUGGCAACCGGAAAGUCCCUGCGCCGUGCCGGAAGAUGGGAGGGCGGAGCUGGGGCUCUGGGCGCGGCCCGGACGGGGUCACCCUCCGGCGGCCAGGCGGGUGGCCCCAGUGACCCGCACACCACCGGGUACAGCGCGGCGUGGGAGGUCUGCGACAGGCUUCCUCCCAGGCCACCGAGAUGCCCAUUGCGAUGAGAGACGUCAUGAGGCUGCUCUGCUCCAUUUCAGAAGAGAGGAAAAUGAAAGCAGCCGUCAAACACUCAGGGAGGGGCGCCGUGGUCACCGGUGCCGUGGCCUUCGUCGGUGGCUUGCUGGGUGGCCCCCCAGGACUAGCUGUUGGGGGCGCCGUCGGGGGGCUCUUAGGGGCCUGGAUGACGAGUGGGCAGUUCCAGCCUGUCCCCCAGAUCCUAAUGGAGCUGCCGCCCACUGAGCAGCAGAAGCUGCUCAGUGAGUUCAUGGCCAUCGUCAGGGACCUGGACGGGACGGACGCGGUACAGCUGAUCGCACUGGUCAUGGGCAGCGAGGCGCUGAAGGAGCGGCUGCUGGCCAUGCUGGUGGGCUACGUCACCAAGGAGCUGGGGGCCGAGGUGCGGUACGGCGAUUAGCCCCUCAGGACAUGGGGUGUUGCAGGGGGUUCUUGGGGGCUGGGGUGCCCGGCCCCACCCCACCCUGUGUUACCUUCAGCUGCUGCGAGCCUCCUGCAGGGGGCACUCGGCUGUGCAGGAUCCUGGUUGGACAUUAGGGAUGAGGAAGUCCUGUGGCGUCACCGAAUGGGGGCUGUUUUGUGAGCCCACCCUCCUGCCCUGGGGUCUGGAGGGAGGUGGCAGUGGGCAGCCACUCAUCUGUGAAGGUGACCUCUGACCCAGGCACGUGUAGCAGCACUGCGUGCCCCCCAGGCCCCGGGUCUCGGGACCUGGCAGCCGGCCCCCACUGGAAGCAUGGGGACCCCCUGAGUGAGCCCCUCCCCCAGUCCCUUCCUAGGGGCUCCUGGGAGGGAAACGCCAAGGGCACCAGCCCCUCUCCCAGCCGCCCGGGCCUGCUGCCCCAUCCGGUUCUGCUUUCUCAGUUCACUGGUGCAGCACGAGGUGCCGUUGCUCUUUCUUUCUGAAGAUGUCGGGUCACACACCACCUCUGAGAAGUGUACACCCGAACGUUCCCACUCACUGGGCCCCUGUGCUUAGAACCACGACAGUACUGUCCUCAAGUGCGACACACUUUCUACACAGUCCCUCUCCCCAUGACUCCUGUUCAGCGUCCCUAACACAGGAGUCGUCCCCUCCCGCAGGUGGGCAGGCAGUCGGUGGCUCCUGAUCCCCGCCGACCCCUGCCUUUCCCAGCGGCGGCUUCCCCGCGGGUGGGAGAGAGGGGUCGGAUCCUGGCAUCUCCACGUGUUGCAUGGAGGACACUGGACCCCUGUGGAGCUUCAGGACGGGGUGGAGCCCGCAUCUCAGAGAGAAGCUGCCCCGCAGCCGCCUCGCCCCGCACGGCUGCGGUCCCUGGACUGAGGGCUGCCUCCAUCAUUUCUGUGCCGUUUUGGGGCUGGGCAGGGGGUCCCUAGAGAACUCCCCUGACUCACAGGAGGUGACCGGGAGUUACUCACGUGCUGAGUCACACUGUGCAGGUCCCAGGGCUCGUGGGGUCCCAGCUCAGAGGUCCCACAGCCGUGACCACUGAAGCCCUUCCAUGACCACCCUGCCCGCCCCCCCCCUCCAGGAAGGCAGCCCAGGGAGGCAGUGACCCCACACCUGACCGAUCUGGGCUGGACGUAGCUGGCCUUGCUGAGUGCGUCCCCCUUGACUAGCUGGGUCUGGUGGCUCGCAGUGGGCUGUGGCCCCAGGAGCCACCGAGACCUGGGCCCCUGCUCCCUCGGGGGCUGAAGGUGCUUCCCUGGCUCUUCCCUCAGCUGUUAGUGUUUGUGUUUCAGUAUUUCCAUGUAAAAGUAUCUUUUUUCUUUAAAAAAUUAUAUUUAUUGAUUAGGCUAUUACAGUUGUCCUGAAUUUCCCCCCUCAGCCCCCCUCCGCCCAGCACCCCCACUCCCUGGGGCAGUCCCCCCACAUUGUUCACGUCCAUCAUGCAUGUUUCGGCCUCUCCAUUUCCUACGCGGUACUUCACAUCCCCACGGCCAUCCCGUAACCACCUACUUGUGCUUCUUGGUCCCCACCCCCCCUCCCAUCUCUAUUUGUAACUUCUGGCGGUUCCAUUAUGAUGUGCCUUGACGUGGGACUCUUUGCAUCAGUCUUGUUGGGGACUUUCUGUGCUUCCUGGACUUGCAUGUCUAUUUCUUUCACCAAAUUACAGCAGUUUUCUUUCAUUAUUUUUUCAAAUUUCCAGUUUUGUUGCUCUUCCUCUUCUCUUUCUGGCACCCCUGCGAGGCGGACGUUGGACCCCCUGCCGUUGUCCCAGAGGCUGCUGACACUGUCCUCAUUCUCAUGGGUCCCUCUUCCUUCUUGUUUUUCAGAUUGCUGUGUUUUUUCCUUCCUUAUGUUUCAAAUCAUGGAUUUCUCGGCUCCAUCCACUCUGCUGUUGUUUCCUUGUAAAUUGUCCUUUAUCUUAA